AUGAACAAUCUUCGCGUUACCAUUGUUGCCUUCUUGGCUUUUCUUGUCUUCAACGUGAUUGUUACAAAUUCGUUGGAGGAACUCAAAAUGGACACUCUAUCCAAAUCCAAAGAAUUCAAAUGCAAAUUGGACCAGGGUUGUUUAAACUAUUAG